CUCAAUGUAAUAUUUUGGCGUUCGGUGGAAUUUUUGUUUACAUCGAAGCAAUUUUUCGAUAAAUUCCUCCAGAGAAGCUCAUAUUGUUGCAAUUAAUCAAUAAACUCCACUAGCAUGUGCGUAGACAAUUUAUUGCGUUGAUUCGUGCGAACAUGGACACCGAGGAGAGACAAAAGAAUCUCCGGAAGAAGCUCGAUCUUCUUGGUUUUCGGCAACCACUUCCUGUUUCCGGUGUUGGACUGGUGUCAGCUCUCCUGGAGGAUCUCCUGAAGACUACAGAUAGCUUGAAAGUGGCCAAGAAGGAGAUUAAUCAACUUCUUCAGGAGAAGAGUGCCUGGGAACUGGGAGCGGAACCUUACAAGUGUGACAACUCAAAAUUACUCAAAGAGUGCAACAAACUCAAUUCAGACCUCAUUCGGCAGCAUGACAAUUUUGAAAUCAAAAGAGCGGAGUUUUUGAGGAAAAUCCGGACGUUGGAGCUGGACAAGAGAUACCUUGAGGAGCAAUGCAAAGAGCUGGGAGGACGUGUGAGGGAGCUCGAGGUGAAAUUCGUCCCUAAGGGAGACGUAAAGCACCACAAAGAUGGGAUGAAUUUGAUCAGGAAGCCCUUUGUGUCCACCGUGCGUUCCGGACUCCUGCCCAGUAUGCCGGAGGGAGAAAAGGGUCCCUACAGGGUGUGUAGUGUAUGCCCCAAUGCUCGCUCUUGCAAUGGGAAUCGUCUGGAAAUGGAGAAGAUACAGAAUGAUGUACAAAAUCGCGAUGACUGCAUUCAAGUUUUGAAGAAACAAAUUGAAAGUAGAGAUCGUGAAAUUGAACGUCUAGGAAGUCUCUUGAGUGGUGGACGUCCUGUAACAACUUUGGCCAGAGAUUGCUGCUUCCGCGGGGUUGGCUCAAUGGCGGAAGACGUGGAAAUUCUUCAGAAGCAAAAAUGCGACUUGAAGAAGGAACUCAAUGAAGCCCUCGUAGCACAACAUGAAGCAAUGCAGAGAGCAAUGCGUCUUGCGGAGAGAAAUUCAAUUCUAGAACAAGAUUACAGUGAGCUGGAAAAGACUGCCCUGGAUCUGGAGACAAAGGCCAAUAGGAUGGCUUGUGACAAAGAUCACGAGAAUAGUGAUCUUAAGAGACGCAUUUCCGAUCUCAUGUCAACCAUUGAGGUACUCCGUGCGGAUGCAGAGAGGCUGGAAAUGAACGAAAUCUCUGGUUCGGUACGUGAGAAACUCGUUCAGGCACUGAAGAAGGAGAAAACCCUCCAGAUGACAAUUGAGAAGCUCCAGAAAAAGGUGACAAAGCUCAAAGCUAAGCUCUCCGAAGCAAAAUCAUCCGAUGACAUGAGUGCACGAGAUUCCAGCCAAGUGAGGCGGGAAGAGACUGAAUCUCUCCGGAAAGAGAUAGCCACGCUACAGGACAAAGUGAGGAGCAAUAGCGAAGUUAAGGAACUCAAACUGAAACUCAGCGAGAAGGAGCUGGAGAUCAGGAAUCUUCAUCAUGAGCUUAAUCAGUUGAGACGGGAUAAAAUGUCCAAUUUGGGAGAAAUUUGCUCAGCUCGAUCUCUCGGGCAAUCCUCGGCAACGUUGCGGCAGGAACGGGAGAGGGAACUCAUGAGGGGUGACUUGGAAAAGGCUAAAAUAGAACGAGAUGCCCUCCGAGAUCGCCUUAAGAUGGCAACUGAGGCACAACUGGAGGAGCAGAGGCGGUACGAAGGACUUCUUCAGGAUAUCAAUGGAAGAAUUGGCCGUUUGGAGGCAGAAAAGGCAGAACUCCUGAGUGCUCAAGGUCCCACGCAGAUAACGGUGACCUUGCUGAAGGAGGAACUAAAGGAAGUCCGGGAUCGCCUUAAGGAUCUUCAGAAUGAAAACAAUGCUCUCAGAAGUACAAAUAGCCACCUAAAGAUACUCAAUGAGCAAACGGAGAAGGUUCUCGUGCAGAAUCACAACAAACUCAUCCAUUCGGAAGCCCAAUUGGGUGAAACAUCGUCCAAAUUGAGCACAUUGGAUGCCACAAAGGAGCAACUGAGGCAGGAGCUUGACUGUGCACGAGGGCAAAUAAGUCAGCUGCGUGCAAAUGAGAUUCAGCUGCAGAAUGAGAAGGACAGCGUGGUGAUUGAGCUUGAUCAGAAAACAGAGAAAGCCUUCCACUUGGAGCAGGAAAUUAAACGCCUCAAAAUGGACAAGAGGGAUCUGGAAGUGGUGCUUGAUCAACUCAAACGACGCCUCGAUGAGAUGAGGAAUGACAGCCAUGAGCGUGAGAAGCAGUAUCAGGAUGUAGCGUGUGAAACGGGAACACUUCGGAGUCAAAUUGGUACACUAAAGCGCAAUGCUGAUACAGCAAGGAGUGAGAAUGGGCGUCUUGUGACAGAACUUACGGAUUGUCAGUCUGAGUUGAAGCUGACACGGCAGAAGCUUAAGGAGACACAGAAGGAAGUUGAUGGGUUGAGAUUGCAGCUGCAGCAGUACGUGCAGGAAGUGGAACGGGCGGAGAAUCUUCUAGCUAAGAAGGAACUCGAGCGUGAGGAAAUGCUUGAUCACUUCAAAUCCCUCUCGCAGGAUACAAUAAUGCUGGAGGGAAACAAUCAGGCGCUCGAAAUGAUGACAGCGGAGACAAAGAAAGCUCUAACGGAAUCAGAGGAUCGUGUUUCUGCCCUUCUGAGUCAGCUGAAGCUGCGUGAAAGUGAAAUUGAGGAAUUUGAGAAGCAAGUCACAGUCCUGUCAUCCCAAGUGGCCGUCCUGGAGGGAGAUUUGGAAGAUUGCAAAGAUGACAAGAAUAAACUUAAAUCAGAUCUCGAUGCAAUGCGUGAACUUUGCUCGAAGCUUGAUCAUCAGAAGGAUAAAUUUAUGGAGGAAGUACAAGAGCUCACGUCAAUCCGGGCAGAUCUUGAGAAAGAACUCGAAAGGCUCCGAAGUCAGCUGGGAAGGAGUAUUGUUAACGAAGGGGCCACCGAAAGUGCGAAGGAUUUUGAGCAACAAACACUCCUUAUUGCAAAUCUCAAUCAGGAAGUUUCGCAUUUGCGUGGGAAAGUGGCCCAGUUGGAGAUGGAGCUGAAGGAGGAGCAUCGUGUGUGUGUUAGGAAUGAAAAUCUCGCCAUGGAGUACAAGACACAACUACAGGAAGCACAGCAGAAGCUAACAGAUGAACGCUAUGAGCGUACAAAGAUGCAAGAAGACACCGAAUCAGUCAGCAGUGGGAGAAGAAAAAGAAAAUGCCUUAGAUUCCAUUGUACGGUGCGUGGAAAGAAUUUCCUUGUGAGGAAGCCUUCAAAGGGUGUAAAAAUGCGUCGCAAAAGAAUUUAUGCGAAAUCCUCGAAGAAUCCCUCCGAAUCCUCAAAAUCCAUCUUCUCAGACGAUACUCUCAUCUGCUGGGAUGAUACAUUUCCAUCAACUAUGCUUCCUUCAGGCAUUGAUGUUUUCCACGAGAUUUCUCUUCAUGAUGUUCAAGAAGAUGAAACUGAGGACAAAGCGCUCGACUAAAUUAUAAUUUUUUUUUCAAAGAAUCUGUGAGAAAUUAACAAAAGAAAAAACAUUUUAUUUUCUACUCA